AUGGGGGGCAUGCUGUCAAAGAAUGACUUUCCGGUGAAGGGCAGAACCGUGCUGAUCACGGGUGGCUCGCGUGGUAUGGGCCGCGCUGCCGGGCGCAUACUUGCCGAGAGGGGAGCGAACGUGGUGAUCGUUGCACGAGACCAGAAGAGACUGCUUGAGGCCAUCAAGCACAUACAAGAAGGGGCCGAAAACUCGGAGACGCAGCGUUUUCACCACAUCAGCGCAGACUUGAGCUCGCCGUCUGAAUCUGUCAGAGUCAUUGACGAAGUUGCGACAUGGAACUCGGGGAACCCACCAGACAUUGUUUGGUGCUGCGCCGGAACUUCUCAUCCUGGCCUUUUUGUGGACACGCCCAUCUCUGCCUUCAGAGAACAGAUGGACGGUAACUAUUUCUCGAGCUUGUACAUGGCGCAUGCUGCCGUGAAUUGCUGGAUCAAAGGAGCGCGAGAGGGAGUCGAUGGUCCAAAGGAGACGGCUAGCAAUGGAAAGGCUGCCAAGCCAGCGCGUCACAUCAUUUUCACUGCCUCGUUCCUGGCUCUCUACGGCAUUGCUGGUUACGGAGCCUACAGUCCAUCCAAGGCCGCCCUACGCUCUCUUUGCGAAACACUGUCUCAGGAGAUGAACCUCUACACCGCGGCACAUCCAAACGAGGCCCCAAUCCGUGCACACACCAUCUUCCCUGCCACAAUACUUACCGAGUCAUAUGAGGCUGAGAACCUUAUUAAACCUGAUGUUACCAAGAUGUUGGAAGAGGAUGACAAGGGACAAACCCCGGAGGUUGUUGCCCUGGAGAGUAUCAAGGGGUUAGAGCGCGGUCUAGAGCUUAUCACCACUGAUCUCAUGACGGGUCUAGUCAAGGGCAGCAUGCUUGGAGGCAGUACCAGGGGUGGCCCUGGCAGAAUCCUGAUUGAUUGGUUCCUAGCUUGGCUCAUGGGCAUCGUCAUGGUGAUUGUGAGAUCCGACAUGGACAAGAAGGUUAGGGAUUGGGGACGUAAAUUUGGCUCAGCUUCCAAGACAACUGCAAGCAAGCAAACAUGA